AUGAUUAUCACCGCAAAAUUGGUGGCAAUAGGCUUGGGAUUAGCUCUCACUGCAUUCACGGUAUCAACGAUUGUAUUAGCUGUGCAAAAGUCGAAUCUGCAGGAUGAGUUGGAUAAGGCACGUGACGAAUUGGAUCAGUUGCAAACCGCCACUACAGCUGGGCCUGGUACGACCACUGUAACUGCUGUCACUACCACCACUAUUGCGACAACCACUGUGCUGCCGGAGACUACAACACCAGUACCGGGAGUUAUAAACUAUAGACUUCCCGACAGCAUUUACCCAAUCAGCUAUGAUCUUUAUCUACAUCCUGAAAUAGAUACGGGUAACUUUAUUGGCCAAAUAUUGAUCCGCGUGAACACGACGAGAGCCAUCAACCAAAUUGUGUUGCAUGCCAGCAAACUGACUAUAAAUAAUGUCUAUCUAACCGGUACCAAUAAUCCAACUGUGUUUGUGAAGAACUUCUACCUCGAUACGGUACGUGAGUUCUUAGUGGUGGAGUUGAGUGAGGAAUUACGAGCAGCGCGGGCUUUCUAUGUUGGCAUAUUGUUCGAGGGUAAUAUGGAUGGGCAAAUUGUGGGGCUUUACAGUUCGUCGUACACCAAAGCGGAUGGUAGCAAGAAAGUUAUUGCCACCUCUAAGUUUGAGCCGACUUAUGCGCGUCAGGCUUUCCCCUGUUUCGAUGAGCCAGCCAUGAAAGCAACUUUCUUAAUCACUUUAGUGUAUCCCAAGGAAGGUGAUUACCAUGCGCUCUCCAAUAUGGAUAUUUCGCGCGAGUCUAAUCAAGGUAACUACGUAGAGGUCUUCUUCAAUCAGAGCGUGCCGAUGAGCACUUACUUGGCCUGUUUUAUUGUUUCGGACUUUGCAAACAAAUCGACAACCAUCAAUACAAAUGGCAUUGGCGAAAACUUUACUUUGCGCGCCUUUGCGACUCCUGAACAACUUGAUAAGGUUGAUUUUGCGCUGGAAGUUGGCCAAACGGUUAUUGAAUACUACAUUCAGUACUUCCAAGUGGAAUAUCCAUUGCCAAAGUUGGACAUGGCUGCCAUACCAGACUUCGUCUCUGGUGCUAUGGAACAUUGGGGUUUGGUCACUUAUCGUGAAACCACAUUGCUUUAUGACGAAAACGUCAGCUCAACGGCAAAUCGGCAAAAUAUUGCGAGCGUUAUCGCUCAUGAAUUUGCGCAUAUGUGGUUCGGGAAUUUAGUCACGAUGGCUUGGUGGAACGAUUUAUGGCUUAAUGAGGGUUUUGCGAGCUACAUUGAAUAUAUAGGCGUUGAGGCGAAAUUUCCUGAAUGGAAAAUGCGCGACCAAUUUAUCACCGAUACUCUACAUAGGGUCCUCUCUUUGGAUGCCACACUCGGUUCCCAUCCGAUUAUACAAACUGUAGCGAAUCCCGAUCAAAUUACUGAAAUAUUUGAUACCAUCACCUACUCGAAGGGUUCAUCCAUAAUCCGAAUGUUGGAAGAUUUUAUUGGCGCUGAAAACUUUCAAAAGGCUGUUACGAAUUACUUGAAUGAGUACAAAUAUAGUAAUGCUGUGACGGAUAACUUUUUAACGGAAAUCGAUAAAUUAAAUUUGGGCAUUGAUGUAAAAUCGAUUAUGAAUACUUGGACAGAACAAAUGGGUUUACCAGUAGUCGAGGUAGAACAAUUAAGCGAUACAAGAUUUAGACUUACACAAAGACGUUUCUUCUCCAAUCCGGAUGAUUACGAAGGCAUCUACGAUGAUUCACCGUUUAAUUAUACUUGGUCAAUACCGAUUACUUACAAGACAAAUGCAACGGUUGAUGAGACGAGAGCUUGGUUCUACUAUAAUCAAACCGAAUUAAUUAUUGAAUUGACAACUGCACCUGAAUGGAUUAAAUUCAAUUACGAUCAGAUCGGCUACUAUCGUGUUAACUAUCCUGAAACUUUGUGGCUAAAGUUAGCGAAUCAACUUAUAACGGAACCUACUAAAUUUUCAGUUGGUGAUCGCGCUGGUCUCUUAAAUGAUGCCUUCUCGCUCGCCGAUGCCACGCAGCUCUCUUACGACACAGCCUUCGACAUGACGGAAUAUUUGGCAAAGGAAACCGAAUAUGUGCCCUGGAGUGUGGCGGCAUCGAAGCUCACCUCACUCAAACGUUCGCUUAUGUUCACCGAAGUUUAUGGCAAUUACAACCAGUAUUCACGCAAUUUAAUAAAGCCAAUCUAUGAACAAGUUACGUGGACAGUAGGUGAUGAUCACUUACAAAACCUCUUGCGUGUUACUAUCUUAUCGGCUGCUUGCUCCCUCGGUGUGGAGGAAUGCCUAACAGAAGCAGCAACACGCUUUAAUGCAUGGCUUGGUACUCCAGAUGUGCGCCCACAUCCAGACAUUCGUCAAACAGUCUACUACUAUGGGGCAUAUGCCGCUAAUGAGCAGUCUUGGAACAAGAUGUGGGAACUCUUCGUGAACGAGUCUGAUGCCAGUGAGAAAUCAAAAUUAAUGUACGGCCUGUCGGCUGUGCAAGUGCCAUGGAUUUUGAGCAACUAUAUCAAUCUUGCCUGGGAUGAAAAUAAUGUGCGCAGUCAAGAUUAUUUCACUUGUUUGCAAUAUAUCGCCGCCAACCCGGUUGGUGAACCAAUCGUUUGGGAUUAUGUGCGCGAACAUUGGCCCGAUUUAGUGAACCGUUUCGGUUUGAAUGAACGUUACUUGGGUAAUAUGAUCCCUUCAAUUACGUCGCGCUUCGACAAACAAACCAAAUUGGAAGAAAUGGAGCAAUUCUUUGCUAAAUACCCAGAGGCCGGCGCUGGUGCAGCGGCACGUGUGCGCGCUUUGGAGACAGUGAAGAAUAACAUAGCUUGGUUGGCAAACAAUAAGGAAAACGUUGGAGCGUGGCUGACUGAGCAUUCCGCCUCAUAG